GUUACAAUAUCGUACAAGUUCUUCCGGGAGAGUCCUAGAAAAACGUGAUUUGGUUUGUCGAAUAUAACUUGCAACCGAUCCCAUUAUGCCCGUGUCACAAGAAAGCGCGGAUAUUUUCUUUGAAGAAGAUGACCUUCCAUAUGAAGAAGAGAUAUUACGAAAUCAGUAUUCUGUCAAGUGUUGGCUUCGGUAUAUAGAUCAUAAAAGUACAGGCAGCAGUCGAGCUGUGAAUGUACUGUUUGAACGGGCCCUUAAAGAACUACCCGGCAGUUACAAACUCUGGUACAAUUACCUGAAGCUCAGAAGGAAACAGGUCAAAGGUCGUUGCAUAACAGAUCCAAUAUAUGAAGAUGUAAACAAUGCACAUGAAAGGGCCCUAGUAUUCAUGCAUAAG